UCCUGCCUCCGCCACUCUCUCUCACACACGCAUGUAUGCUCGUUCAUUCAUCAAUACAUCACCAACCCACUUAUAACUCCGAGGCUCCAAGCCUCCAACCCUCUUCCCCGCCAAACCCCACACCUCCAUCCACGGAUCCACCCCUCCCGCCUGCAGCUUCCCAUGGCCUCCGCCUCCAGCGACAGCCUCCCGUCCUCCGCCACCGCCUCCGCCUCCGCCUUCCUCGACCCGACCGCCACCUCCUUCUUAUUCCCUACCACCGCCGCGCAAGAACCCCAGCAGCCUGAUCCCCCGGCCGCAGCAGCGCGCAAGCCGCCGCGUAAGCGCCCGCGAGCGUCGCGCCGGCCACCCACCACCCUGUUCACCACCGACGCUUCCAACUUCCGCGCCAUGGUGCAGGAGUUCACCGGCUUCCCGGUGCCGCCGUUCGCGCCCCACCUCGGCCCCGGCGUGCUCUUCGGCGCGGGCCCCUCGCCCACCAACUCAGCUGCCGUGGCCGGCGCGCCCUUCCAGCUGCUGCGCCCGUCGCCUCUCAAGCUCCCUGCUCCUCCGCACUCCUCUCAUCCCACUUGCACCACUGGUAGUAACACAAGUCCAUUCGCGAAUAGCAACGUGAAUCCUACCUUUGCUGCUGUGGCGCCCAGCUCGAGCUCUGAAUUGUACAGCGGCUUCGGCCCUCCGCUCGCCGGCGCUGUCCCAUGCUACGAAGACGGCUUCGAGGCGGCGGAAGGCGAGAGUGUGAGCCACGGCCACGGUCUCUUCUCAUCUUUCUUGUACGCCGGAGAUAGGUAUCACAGCCACUAGCUAGCAGUUCGCGUGUGGAGGGGAGAGGAAGAUGCUAAUUCCUUCUUGUGCUACUUGACCACUACUACAUGCUAGCAAUGACAAGGUUAUUAGCAUCUACACAGUUUGCUAAUGAAUUCUUCUUGGUUUUGGUGUGAUAGAUGACUAGAUGUAUAUAU